UAGACCGACUCCAAUGAAUAGACAGACACUCGAUAAACAAAACAAAAUAUAUUAAUAUCUUCACCAUAUAGCGAGAAAUUGAAGAUAAAUUGGGUAUCGCCCACAGAUUAGAUUCAGAAUCAAAUUUGUCCUAUCAUGCGCUCAAGACUCAAAUCUUUCUAUAUCAAUUGAGGACGUAAAAACGGAGCAAAGUCUAAGACAAAGCCUUAUCCCUAUCAUGAAAUAGAUAAACUCACCAGCAACUUUCUUCCCACCUUGUUUGGUUCUCUUUUUUUCUUUCUUUUCUUUAACUCUAUAUUCCAAAUUUUGUUCUUGCUUCUUGUGUAUUCCCGAAUUUGUAGUUGUUUCUGAUAUAUAUUAAGAGAAAAGUAAGUGCUUGUUGUAAAGUUAUUUUGAUGAAAUAUGAAAUUCUGCAAGAAAUACCAAGAGUAUAUGGAAGGCCAGCAGAAAAAGCUUCCUGUGGUUGGCUUCAAGAAGCUCAAAAAGAUUUUAAAGAAGUGUAGACGAGAUUUUCACUACCAAAACAACAUUAAUCGACCCCUUGACCUUCAACCCUGCCCCCACCAAUGUUCAGUGUGUGAUGGAACCUUCUUUCCUUCCCUUCUUAAGGAAAUGUCAGAUGUAGUGGGGUUCUUCAAUGAACGUGCUCAGAAAUUGCUUGAGCUACAUCUGGCUUCUGGUAUCCGAAGGUACUAUUUCUGGUUUAAAGGCAAGCUUCGAGGCAACCAUGUUGCUUUAACUCAAGAAGGCAAGGACCUUGUUAAUUAUGCUCUUAUCAACGCUCUUGCAAUGCGUAAAAUACUAAAGAAAUAUGAUAAGAUUCAUUACUCAAAGCAAGGACAGGCUUUUAAGUCACAAGCCCAAAGCAUGCACAUUGAAAUCCUUCAGAGUCCAUGGCUUUGUGAACUAAUGGCUUUCCACAUCAAUUUAAGGGAAACCAAUGUCAAAUCAAAGACAAAGCUUGGAUUUUUCCAGGGAUGCUCCCUGGCAUUUAAUGAUGGGAAGCCGUCUCUCACUAGUGAGCUCUUUGAUUCUGUCAAACUCGAUAUUGAAUUGACUUGUUCUAUAUGUUUGGACACAGUUUUUGAUCCGGUUGCUUUGACAUGCGGGCAUAUAUUCUGCUACAUGUGUGCUUGCUCAGCCGCAUCGGUGACCAUUGUAGAUGGACUUAAGUCCGCACAGCCUAGAGCGAAAUGCCCUCUUUGCAGACAGGGACGAAUGUGUGAAGGUGCCGUACACUUAGAGGAGCUUUGUAUUUUAUUAAGCCGAAGGUGCCAGGAAUACUGGGAGGAACGGCUUCAAACAGAAAGAGCUGAGAGGGUUCGACAAACCAAGGAACACUGGGAAUCUCAAUGUCGAGCUUUCAUGGGUGUCUAAUUGGACCUCUCUCUCUCCCUCUAUCUCUCUCCAUUCAUUUGAUGAUGGCAAUUGUAGAAAGUGUUUCACUCCAUUUACAAACUUGUUUUUACGGGCCUUAAUCCAGUUUUAGAAUAAAAUGCAGUAUAUGUUUAAGAACGUAGGUGGAACUGUUGCAAUUGGAUAUAAUCUCUCGAGUUUUGGUGGAGAAAGACUCCAGUUAAGAUCUUUUCCGAAAUGAAAUGAGAUUGAUAUUGCAUGUGGGGUGUAAUUUUUAUUUUAUUUUUAUAUUUAUUAAAUCUACGAUUUCAUUUCA